UUCGUUUGUAUAUUUUCUUUUAAAAUAAACAAAGAUAACAUACAUGACUUAAUUCAUUGCAAAUUUUCAAAAUGAAUGCAACAAGCCUUUACGUUUCUACGUGUCGACUCAUAAUAUUAGCUGAUCCCGCUGACAAAUCUACGUGGACUGAUUUAUUUCGUUUGGUUCCGUAUUUAAGACAAUCUUUAUCCUGUACGGUUUGCGGUAAUUUACUAAAAGAACCAUAUACGCCAACAAGUUCUGGGUGCCAACAUCACGUGUGUAAAAAGUGUAAAGGUGGUCGAAAAAAAUUAAAACCUUCAUGCAGUUGGUGUAAAGAUUAUGAAAAUUAUACUGAAAACUUACAGUUACGUAUACUCCUUCAGUGUUACAAAAAGUUGUGCGAAUAUUUCAUGGGAACAGAAGUGUACAAAACAUUAUUAGAUGAAGAUGAAGUUGCUGCCAGUGUGAAUGGGGGUACAGUGGCCAGCUCAGGCUUAAUAGAUUUAAUUCAGGAAGGUGCGGGAUUUUCAGACGACUAUAAAAGUACAGGAGGCCUUUCGAAGUCAGCAUAUAGCAUAUUACCAUGUGUAUACACAAAUUCAGCAUCAACACAAACCCAACAUGGAUCUAGUUCAAGUAGCUCGGGAGCAAGAAGUUCCAGAGAUUCUCCCAAUUCAAGAUCAACAGCAAACGGAUCUCCCAUGUAUUCUGUAAUGUAUGCUGGCUCUGGGAAUAAAAUCACAAUCAAAAGAAAAGCAAUGGAUGAAUUGGAUUCACCCCAAAGUGAAUCAUCAUCUAGGGAGAGUAAGUCACUCGGUUUCAAGAAACCAUCAAAUAGAUCCCGUAAUUCUACGGGCGGUAAGCGCAAAGGCUGCAGAUGUGGAAAUGCAACGGCAACACCGGGGAAACUUACUUGUUGCGGCCAAAGAUGCCCCUGUUACGUUGACAGUAAACCUUGUACCGAGUGUAAGUGUAAAGGAUGCAGAAAUCCUCACAGGCCAGACGGGAUGAAGGUCCGACCUCACAUACCACAAUUAGUGGACACACUGCAAUUGACUCUAAACAACCCUGACAGCUCACCAUCAUGUUCAGGCUCAAUGGACAGUUUGGAUACUGAUACCCUUACCAUGGAGGCUAUGGAGGAAUCGCUUAGUUACACUGCAGAACUUAAAUCGUCAAACAUUAAAGUUUACACAAGUCAAUUACAAGAGGUAUCACCGUCGUUGCCAGCGACGAUAAUGAUGGACGAGGACCUAGCUGAAUCGCCGGACGAUGAUAUGAGCUCCCCACAUGACUACACCCUGGCAUCUCCUCAGGGUUACGACGUGGACGUCAUCUCACCGCAGUCAGCAGAGACUCAAGAUGUCACCAGUGACAUUGAGGUGGAUGUAUGACAUCCACUUUCAAUGGCGAGCGACUAGGGUCUCGUCAUCGUCACUAAGUUGACGCGCGUCCAAAGGAACGUUCAGUGCACGACCACAGAUGUCACUUAUAAAAUGUUUGAAAUAGUAUUCACCAACUGUUUAUAAUUCGACGCUUGAAAGGCAAACGUGACUAAGCGACAAUGCAUGAACUUUACAUUAGACUAAUUUAAAGUUGAAAUUAAUUUAAAAUAUACCUGAGAAAUACCUGAAAAAAAAUCUAUUUUAAGGUAUCUAGCUGCAGGAUUGAAAUGAUUUUGAUAGAUCUAGAAAAAUUUUUUUUUUUGCGCGUCGAAUUAUAAUCAUAAGAUCAUUAAAAUUUGUGUUGAUCAGAAUCGAGUUAGAUCAUAGAUGUAUAUGUCAGAGUCAAUGAUUCCAAAGUGUUAAAUUAUUUUAGAUCGUAUUUGUGUGAAGAUCAUAUCAAUUUUCCUAUUCCAUAAAAUAAUUAUAGUAUUCGUAUGAGAAGGCUGGUUCAAUUAUGUAACUGUUCUAUUAUUAUUAUUAUGUUGUAUGUUUGCAUUGAAUGAUGAAUUAAAAUAAUGAAUAAUAUAUCACUUACCUUAAUCAGUUCAUAAUAUUUUUUUAAAUAAAAUACUUAAUUUUAAAUGGUGUAAAUUUUUAUAAAUAGUAAUUAUUUGUACUUAGAAAGACUUAUCCAAAGUAUGUAUAUUUUUUAUAGAUAAAAAAAAGUUUGAAUAUGUAUUUUUGAUUGAAUAAUAAAUAAGCCUACCUAUAGUUUCGAUUUUGUUACAUGUAAACAUAAAUGUUGUUAGUAGUUUUUACAUUGUAAAUAUUAAAACCUAUUUUCAAUAGUUUUGUAUGGAUUAGAAAAUUUUUUGUUGAUUCCUUAACAUUAGAAAGGAGGUGGAGGUUACAUCAUAAAAGAAAAAGUUUCACGAAAACGCUUUAAUAUUCUUGUCUUUUCGCUGGCCGUAAAUUUUACGUGGAAUUAGAGCAAUAAGAGGUCCAUGUUCGUAUCAGAAAAAUAAAUAAACACCAAUUUUAUUUUCAAUACGUAUAAGAGUCAUUUCUUCUUAUCACAUUAAUCUAAACAUAAGACCUUCUAAUUAUAAUUUGUCCUAUUAUGAUUCGUGUUUAUAACUAGUUAAUUUAUACAAAAUAAUGAGCUAUGAAUCUGUGAUGAAUGAUGAUUUAGUAUUUUCUUCGGUUUUCGCGAGUAUUAGAGAUAAUUAAAGCUACUUUGACGGUUUUUAUUUUUGCUUUAUUUUUUUACCAUUAUAUUAUUUCCGACGUUACGAAUACUUACUGUAUGUUUUCGUAGUCUCUGACCACUAAGGUGUUAUUCAGCGAAAUUUAAAUAUGCUAACUACCGUCUAUUUUUUUUCAAACAUUAUUUCUGGCCGUCGAAAAUAAUAUAUAAUGACAAUUAAAAAAAAACGCUACAUCAAACCGUAAAAAUAGUUUUACUUAAUAUCCAUGGUGACUGAAAACUAUUCAUAUUUUUGAGAAAAUAAAACAAUAUUGCAUCGAUUAUUUAAAGAUCUUUCUGUGAUAUUGUUUCCUAACUUCUUAAUUUUGUCGAAGUCAAAGGAAGUUGUAGUUCAAGAUUCUAGAUAUUUGGCCACGACUAACACAACACCGCAAACUUUGACGGCGACUUAUUGUUUCAUCGUGUAUCCAUUGUUAUUUAUCCUAAGCUCAAUAGACUAAUCGCAUUUCGCAUUUAUUUCAAGUCGUCAAAAUGACACCUUUAUAUAAUAUGCGAGACAUUUUUGUAUGGAUAGCCAGGUAGUCCAAUUUUUUAUGAAU